UUGAAUCCAAGAGAAAGAGCGCUUUGGAAAUGGGCAAACGUGGAGAAUUUAGACAAGUUCUUACAGGAUGUGUAUUCGUAUUAUUUGGGGAGUGGAUAUUAUUGUAUUCUCAUCACCAAAAGUUUGGACCUUUUGACAUUGAUAUUUGUUGUUUUCUUUGCCACAUUCCUUACAUCGUGUAUCGACUAUUCCAAGCUGAAGCUGCCAGCUUCUAGAAGCCUAGAUGAUAUCACUGUGGAUCAGUGUUACUCAAAUAUAGGCGUUGGUGGAAAGCUGUGUCUUUGGCUUUUUUAUGCUUACGUGGCACUGAAGGCUGUUCAGCUAUACAUGGAUACAAAGGACUUGAACGAAUUGUACAACUUCUACAACUACCUGCUUGAAAUCUCAGAUAACGAUCUUCAGACUGUGUCCUGGCAAGUGGUGGUAUCUCGUAUUAUGUUACUUAAGGAUCAGAAUGCAGUAAGCUCAAACGUUUCUAAUGCCAAGUCAAAGAGACAAAUAGAUGCUCACCAUAUUGCAAACAGAAUCAUGAGAAAGGAGAAUUACUUUAUCUCCUUGUUCAACAAGGAUAUUUUGGACUUAUCAUUGCCUAUAACCGGGCUUAAACAGAACACAUUGACAAAGACAUUGGAAUGGAAUCUACAAUUGUGUAUAUCUGGCCUUGUCUUCAACGAGCAUGGCCAGAUUCGUCAACAGUUCCUAAAGGAAUCUAGUCGCCGGGAAUUAGCUGAAGAGUUGAAGAAAAGGUUCAGAUUGGCUGCCAUUUUCAACAUCAUUUUGUCCCCAAUCUUGGUUGUUUAUUUCCUUUUGCUCAAUUUCUUCAGAUACUUUAACGAGUACAAGAGAAACCCUGGUUCCAUUGGGACCAGACAAUAUACACCCUUGGCUGAGUGGAAAUUCCGUGAAUUCAAUGAAUUGUAUCAUCUAUUCCAAAGACGCUUGAACCUCAGUGUCCCGUUGGCAUCUCAUUACGUUGAUCAAUUUCCCAAAGAGAAGACCGUGGUGUUGCUAAAGUUUGUUGCGUUUGUUUCUGGUUCAUUUGCUGCUGUAUUGGGUAUCCUAUCAAUUGUGGAUCCAGAUAUGUUCUUCAACUUUGAAAUCACUAAAGAUCGCACGGUUCUCUUUUACAUCAGUGUAUUCGGUACAAUAUGGGCAGUGUGUCAUGGUGCUAUUCCUGAAGAGUAUGUCGUUUUCGAUUCAGAGGCAAGUCUUUUGAAGGUUUCAGAGUAUACGCACUAUCUUCCGCAAUCAUGGAAAGGUCGUUAUCACACAGAAGAGGUUAAGACGGAAUUCUGUGAGUUGUUCACGCUGAAGCCGUUACUCUUAGCGAGAGAAAUUGCCAGUCUCGUCAUUACACCAUUCAUUCUAUGGUUCUCCUUACCAAACUCUGCUGAUCGUAUAGUGGAUUUCUUUAGGGAGUUUUCUGUACACGUUGAUGGAUUGGGAUAUGUGUGCACAUUUGCAAUGUUUGACUUUGAUAAG